AAAUCUGAUUUUAAAACUAAACCUAACCUGAAACUUAAGCACAAUGCUAUUAAAUACACGUAGCUAGUUAACGUUACAGCUCGUCCUGAAGUCAGGUGAUUGAAUUACAGUCGGUUUCUUGCUGGUUAUAGUAAAUACAACAACCACGGCUUACAAGCUACCUCGUUUAGCUGCUUAGCUUGUACAUCGUGUUUUUGUUCAGGAAUAAAAGUUUUGUACCUAACGUGUAGCUACAAUACUCACUGCCCCCGAAACGCAACAGGAACAUCUACAGUAAUCUGUUCCUACUAGACUCAACAAGAAUGGCUCCUCACAAGGUUGUUGUCAAGUGUGGGAGCUAUGCUGUGUUGGUGGAACUGCAGAUCAUUGGGCCUCUGGGCCGCGGAGCACCACAGGAAACCAGCUGGUUCACUAUGGAGCACACUGAGGAGGUCACUAGUCUGGUGAGAGAUGCUGUGGACCGGAGGGUGAGGCUCUACAUAGACUGCCUUCACAAGAGAGGACAGCCCAAACACAAGAGAGAGCUGCCACGUGCCAACCCCCUCUGUGUGAAAGGGAGAAGAGUUAGCCUGGUGGCCAACUUCGUGAAGAGACAUUUCAACCUGAGGUGUAUUGUCAAGCAUCAGUACGGAGAGCUGCGUGUGUUUCCUGAGCGUUAUGUGGUGUGUGUGAGCCGACUGGAGGAUGCCUCAGCUAACCCGACCCCGGCCGUAAUCGUGAGUCAGAGUACAGAGUCCCAGUAUUUUUCCAGGCCAGCAGCAGAAACCAGAGAUGAACUGAACUCCUCCACAAUAACAAAGAGAAGUUCCCUCCAGAAGAUAGCCAGACACGCGCACGCCAGGCCCCGACCAGAAACCCAACCUCUGCCCUGCGGAUCAGUCCUGGGGAAGAAACUGCAGUCUGAGCAGAACAGAGUCCCAGGAGAGCAGGUUCCGGAGCCCCAGCCACCGACAGACCAGCCCAGGCUUACCACAGACGCAUUGCUGCCCCACGGGCAUCCCACAACAUCCACUGAUCCCAGAGACACAGUACUGAGUCAGUCCCAGAGUCAGGGUGGGAAAGACGAACCCAGCAGGGUCCCAGGGGACACUGACCCCAGAGACACAGUACUGAGUCAGUCCCAGAGUCAGGGUGGGGAAGACGAACCCAACAGGGUCCCAGGGGACACUGACCCCAGAGACACAGUACUGAGUCAGGGUGAGGAAGACGAACCCAGCAGGGUCCCAGGGGACACUGACCCCAGAGACACAGUACUGAGUCAGUCCCAGAGUCAGGGUGGGAAAGACGAACCCAGCAGGGUCUCAGGGAACACUGACCCCAGAGACACAGUACUGAGUCAGUCCCAGAGUCAGGGUGGGAAAGACGAACCCAGCAGGGUCCCAGGGGACACUGACCCCAGAGACACAGUACUGAGUCAGUCCCAGAGUCAGGGUGAGGAACCCAGCAGGGUCUCAGGGGAAGACGCUCCCAGGGCCAAGAGGGUGUGCCUUGGGCCACUUCUAGUAGCUUGUUCCUCCAAUGACCUCAUAACACCAACACACUCAGCUGAAUCCUCCAACCCUCUCCUUCCUCCUCCUCCUCCUCCUCCUCUGUCGUCUCCUCGUCCACCUGUGGUCAAAUCCAGUGCCAAGAUGGAGUCCGAGGCUUUCCCAGCCCCUCUCUCUCCUCUCCCAGCCCCAGAGCGGACCCAGUCCACAGCCCCCCUCUCCCCUCUCCCAGCCCCAGAGCGGACCCAGUCCCAAACCUCUCAAACCACAGUGGAAGUGGAGCUGCUUACUCCAGGGAAACAGUCCCAGAGUCUCCUUCCUCUCACAAGCAGCAAUAACACAGAGCAGACAAACCAAAACAGCCCCGCCGCAGGUCUGAGAGGCCGAUCUGUCAAGGAUGUAGUCUCCUCAGCCCUGUCUAUUGCUUCCACAUACAUCAGCGUCAUAGGGGAGGGAGAGGAGGGGAGGGAGAAUGGUGGGAGGAGGAGGAGGAGAGGAGAAGAGAAGAGAAGAGAAGGGAGAGGAAGAGAGGAGAAGAGGGGAAAGAUUAUGGAGGGGAAGAGAGGAGAAGAGAGGGAAUAUAAUGGAGGGGACAAGAGUAGGAGAGGAGAAGAGAGGGAAGUGGGAGAGGAAGAGAGGUCUGUGGCCAGACCAUCCAGAUUACGACGGCUGAAGAGGUGAAGAGGGUGAGACAGAGGGGAGAGAGAGGAGCAGACUGGGGAGGAGCAGACGAGGGGCAGAGCUUGAGGGUACAGUAAAGAUGCCUGAUGCCAGGGUUAGAGAUUGUGGCAGAUGUGUGUUUACCCAAUACACUGUCUCUUCCACAGUUCCAUUUGGGACUUGACCUCUGACUGACUCCUAGGCAUCUGAACCUUCCACUGUCCUGUGACUGACUCCUAGGCAUCUGAACCUUCCACUGUCCUCUGACUGACUCCUAGGCAUCUGAACCUUCCACUGUCCUGUGACUGACCCUAGGCAUCUGACCCUUCCACUGUCCUCUGACUGACUCCUAGGCAUCUGAACCUUCCACUGUCCUCUGACUGACUCCUAGGCAUCUGAACCUUCCACUGUCCUCUGACUGACUCCUAGGCAUCUGAACCUUCCACUGUCCUCUGACUGACUCCUAGGCAUCUGAACCUUCCACUGUCCUGUGACUGACCCUAGGCAUCUGACCCUUCCAGUAUCCUGUGACUGACCCCUAGGCAUCUGAACCUUCCACUGUCCUGUGACUGACCCCUAGGCAUCUGACCCUUCCACUGUCCUCUGCUCUCUCUGUCUCUCUCCCUCUCUCUCUCUCUCUCU